AUGAGUAAUUUUUUGGGUAAUUUAAUCGGAUCUCUAUGGGAAGACAACAAUUAAAAUAAAUUACUAGAUUUUAGUCAAUAAAUUAAGAACGAAAUUAGUGAUUUUGAAUAACAUUUGAUAACUGCUGUUGAUUAGUUAAUUAGAUUAGAUAAAUUUAUCAUAAGUUUCUUUUUUAUAAUAGGAGCUCUAAAUUUGAUUAUUCUAGGAAUUCUUAUUUUUAUGUUGAUUAGAAAUAAGAGAAUAGAAGAAGAUUAGAACAAAACUAAUAGAUAUUCUCAAAUUUAAGGACAAACAAUAGAAUGA